CGCGCUGCUAUUCCCGUCCCCAGCCCUCCCCGCUCCGGUGGGAUUAUGCGGCGAUUUGCGUAAACUUCGCUCCGCGCCGGGCUGCAUCCAGCCGGGGGGCGGUGGCUCCGCUCUCCCGGGGCAGGGGCAUGAGCGGAGCCUGCGGCCUCACGGCGCCCUGCCCGCCCCCGCGGCCUCACGGCCCCCGGGCAGGGGACAGGAGGGGAGCAGAGGCCGCGUCCCCCCGCGGCUCCCGGGGAGCGGCUGGCCGUGCCGCACCGCAGCGUGUGCGGGAAGUUUAGCGGUGCCUCUGCGCAUCCCAACUUCGGCUGUGGCCUGGCUGGAAAAGGAAAACAGAUGGGGAAAAGGAAUAAUGCCCUGAACAGCAACCUGUGAAAACGAAUUCCUUGGAACUGCUGCAGAAAAUCCUAGAGGGUCCGCGGCACGUCUGGAGGCCUGAAGUAUGGCCUCGCAUGUGCAAGUUUUCUCUCCUCACACCCUUCAGUCAAGUGCCUUCUGUAGCGUGAAGAAACUGAAAGUAGAGCCGAGUUCGAACUGGGAUAUGACUGGGUACGGCACACACAGCAAAGUCUACAGCCAGAGCAAGAACGUACAGUCCUCCCAAGCAGCCGCCGCAGCCGCCGUCAACGCCUCCCUCCAGAUCCCCAAUCCAAGCAUCCCUUACGAACAGACCAUCAUCUUCCCAGCAAGCACAGGGCACAUCGUGGUGACGUCCGCCAACAGCACUUCUGGUGUGGUGGCAGUGUCUGGGCAAACACUGGGCGGGCCACACAACCUGAUGCGUCGCAGCACUGUGAGCCUUCUGGACACCUACCAAAAAUGUGGACUUAAGCGGAAGAGUGAGGAGAUUGAGAACACAAGCAGCGUGCAGAUCAUCGAAGAGCAUCCACCAAUGAUUCAGAACAAUGCCAGUGGGGCCACCGUAGCCACCGCCACCACCUCCACGGCCACCUCCAAAAACAGUGGCUCCAACAGCGAAGGGGAUUACCAGCUGGUGCAACAUGAGGUGCUCUGUUCCAUGACCAACACUUAUGAAGUGUUAGAGUUUCUUGGCCGGGGAACCUUCGGACAAGUAGUCAAAUGCUGGAAACGUGGCACUAAUGAGAUUGUGGCCAUCAAGAUCCUAAAGAACCAUCCUUCCUAUGCCCGGCAAGGCCAGAUUGAAGUGAGCAUCCUGGCUCGGCUGAGCACAGAAAGUGCGGAUGACUACAACUUUGUCCGCGCGUAUGAGUGCUUCCAGCACAAGAAUCACACGUGCUUGGUCUUUGAAAUGUUAGAGCAGAACCUCUAUGAUUUCCUAAAACAAAACAAAUUCAGUCCCUUGCCCCUUAAGUACAUUCGACCAAUUCUCCAGCAGGUAGCAACAGCCCUAAUGAAGUUGAAAAGCUUGGGACUGAUUCAUGCUGAUCUUAAACCUGAGAACAUCAUGUUGGUAGAUCCAUCCCGACAGCCAUAUAGGGUCAAGGUCAUAGACUUCGGUUCAGCUAGCCAUGUGUCUAAAGCUGUGUGUUCUACCUACCUUCAAUCCAGAUAUUACAGAGCCCCUGAAAUCAUCCUCGGUUUACCAUUUUGUGAAGCAAUCGAUAUGUGGUCAUUGGGAUGUGUCAUUGCAGAGCUGUUCUUGGGCUGGCCUUUGUACCCAGGAGCUUCAGAGUAUGAUCAGAUUCGCUAUAUUUCACAGACACAGGGCUUACCAGCAGAGUAUUUGUUAAGUGCAGGGACAAAGACUACAAGGUUUUUCAACAGGGAUACAGACUCACCGUAUCCUUUGUGGAGACUGAAGACACCAGAUGAUCAUGAGGCAGAGACGGGGAUUAAGUCGAAGGAAGCAAGGAAGUAUAUUUUCAACUGUUUGGAUGAUAUGGCACAGGUAAAUAUGACAACAGAUUUGGAAGGAAGUGAUAUGUUGGUGGAAAAGGCGGACCGACGGGAGUUUAUAGAUCUGUUAAAGAAGAUGUUGACGAUAGAUGCUGAUAAGAGGAUAACACCGAUUGAAACUCUGAACCACCCUUUCGUCACCAUGACACACUUGCUCGAUUUCCCUCACAGCACACAUGUUAAGUCCUGCUUCCAGAAUAUGGAGAUUUGCAAACGGCGGGUGAAUGUGUAUGACACUGUGAACCAGAGCAAGACACCAUUCAUCACCCAUGUAGCCCCGAGCACAUCUACCAACUUGACCAUGACUUUUAACAACCAGCUGAACACAGUGCACAACCAGACCACCAACCUGGCUCCCACCUCCUCCAGUGCCACUAUUUCCUUAGCCAACCCCGAAGUCUCCAUACUAAAUUACCAAUCUGCACUCUACCAGCCCUCAGCGGCGUCCAUGGCUGCGGUGGCCCAGCGGAGCAUGCCCCUGCAGACAGGAACAGCGCAGAUCUGUGCCCGACCCGACCCCUUCCAGCAAGCUCUCAUCGUCUGCCCACCAGGCUUCCAAGGGCUACAAGCCUCCCCUUCGAAGCAUGCUGGGUAUUCAGUUCGGAUGGAGAAUGCUGUUCCCAUUGUCACUCAGGCUCCCGGGGCCCAACCUCUUCAGAUCCAGCCAGGACUCCUUGCACAGCAAGCAUGGCCCAGCGGCACACAGCAGAUCCUGCUCCCCCCUGCCUGGCAGCAGCUGACUGGGGUGGCCACCCACACUUCUGUCCAGCACGCGACCGUCAUCCCUGAGUCCAUGGCAGGCACCCAGCCACUGGCAGACUGGAGAAACACCCACGCUCACGGCAGCCAUUACAAUCCCAUCAUGCAGCAGCCCGCGCUGUUAGCUAGCCAUGUGACUCUCCCCGCAGCCCAGCCCGUCAAUGUGGGUGUCGCUCACGUCAUGCGCCAGCCGCCCGCCGCCGCCACCUCCGCCAGGAAGAGUAAGCAGCAUCAGUCGGCACCUCGAAAUGCAUCCACCUACGAAGUUUCGUCCUCUCAGUCCAUCAGCUCGCCUCAGCGGUCGAAACGAGUGAAGGAAAACACGCCUCCUCGCUGUGCCAUGGUGCACAACAGCCCUGCCUGCAGCACUGCCGUCACCUGCGGCUGGGGUGACAUGGCCACCAGCACCACGCGGGAGCGGCAGCGGCAGCCGAUAAUCAUUCCCGACACCCCUAGCCCCGCAGUGAGCGUCAUCACUAUCAGCAGCGACACCGAUGAAGAGGAGGAGCAGAAGCAUGCACCCACCAGCACCUUGUCCAAGCAAAGGAAGAACGUCAUCAGCUGUGUCACUGUGCAUGAUUCCCCCUACUCCGAUUCCUCCAGCAACAACAGCCCUUACGCCGUGCAACAUCGUGCAGGACAGAAUAAUGGGAACACCUACGACACCAAAGGGGUUCCAGAGACUCACUGCAGUGGGAACCCCCGAACGAUCAUCGUGCCACCACUGAAAACCCAGGCCAGUGAGGUGUUGGUAGAGUGUGAUAGCCUGGCACCAGUCACCACCAGUCACCACUCAUCCUCCUACAAGUCCAAGUCCUCCAGCACCGUGACCUCCACCAGCGGUCACUCUUCAGGGAGCUCGUCUGGAGCCGUUGCCUAUAGGCAGCAGCGACCAGGAGCACAUUUCCAGCAGCAGCAGCCUCUUAAUCUAAGCCAGGCCCAGCAGCACAUCACGACUGAUCGCACAGGGAGUCACCGGAGACAGCAAGCCUACAUCACUCCAACGAUAGCUCAGGCCCCGUACUCUUUCCCGCACAAUAGUCCCAGCCACGGUACAGUUCAUCCUCACUUGGCCGCGGCUGCCGCUGCUCACCUGCCCACCCAACCCCACCUCUACACAUACACCACCCCGGCCGCCCUGGGCUCCACGGGCACCGUCGCGCACCUGGUGGCCUCCCAAGGGUCUGCACGGCAUGCCGUGCAGCACACCACCUACCCCGCCAGCAUCGUCCACCAAGUCCCCGUCAGCAUGGGCCCGCGGGUUCUGCCCUCGCCCACCAUCCACCCGAGUCAGUACCAGGCUCAGUUUGCCCAUCAGACCUAUAUCAGUGCUUCUCCAGCCUCCACAGUCUACACUGGAUACCCACUGAGCCCCACCAAGGUCAACCAGUACCCUUACAUCUAAACACUGGAAUAAGGAGCAAGAGACGCGCCCGCCGCGGGGGAGUGAGGCGGCUGCUUUUGUACUGAAGAACAUGACAAAUAACAAUGCAAUGGGAGGCUCGCGGGAAACUUGAACGAAGGAGACUUUCAGGAAGAAACGAGAAAGAGGAAAGAAAGGGGAGAACCAAUUCUACACUUUUUAUUUAAAAAAAAAAAAAAGAAAAUGGAAAAAAAGAACAGAAAAAAUAUAAAACCACAAAAAAAAAACCCAACCAUUCUGCACCAAACUAGAGAGAGAGAGAAGCAGAAGGACCCUCCAGCGGGUCCUGUGUUUUGAAGAACUUCACCAAUAGACUUUUAAAGGUUAUUUUCAUCCAAUAGUGAGCUACAUUUAGAAAUUUGUUGUCCAGAACACCUAAAAUAAAAUCCAUUAGGCAUUUAAUCCAGUUGGUAUAUGGAUUGGGGAUUUAUCCAGCAUUUCAAAGGGUUUUGCCCCAUUUUUGGCUGUGGUCUCUUUAUCCCAAAGCUGACAUGAGGCUUUGGGGAUAUUCUGGAAAUAGAAAAUGGCUAAAGGAGGCUGAGGGAGAAGGAGGAAAUGCUGUCUCAGUGCUCUUAAAUUCUGAUCUAACGCCGAUUUGCUUAAAGAUAUGUGGGCAAAACAGGCCACACAGCGCUGGUUGAGAUCAGAAGCAAUGGGGUUGUUUUUUUUCCCUUUCCUCGAACACUGGAUAAAUCCCUGAGAAAUGCUGUUCCUAAAUGAGAUUUCUAAUAAUGUAUGUUGGAUUUCAGUUUUGUUUUAUUUUGUUUUCUUUGGAAGUUUUCCUUUUAAUCCCUAGCCGUUUUAGUAUAGGAGGAGACAUUUUAGCUGCCCCCGGUAGAAUGUAGCACUCUACAGGUCAUACACCCUUUUUACUCUUUUGUGUUGAACUUCAACGAUACCAAUAGAUUAUUCCUCAAUGUGAUUGCACAAAGAAAAGUGAUAUAACAUAGGCAUGUAAGAAAUGUGAUUGUCCAGGUAUGUAUGUACAUGUGUGCGUGUGUGUGUGCAGAUGCUGCCUUCUCUCUGUGGUGUGUUCCUCAGCACAGCCAUUACAGCUGUCACAGUCUUAGUUUUACAUCAUUCCCUCGUAGUGCCUUACCGAACUACAGAUGCGGUUUAAGGGUUUACUUCCACUGGUACUCCUAGAAACUGACUGAGGCUAGUCGGAAUUUAAUCUCAGCUCUUUUUUCUUUUUGGGUUGUUAUUGCUGAUUUUCUUCUGGUGGUGGUGUUUUUUUUCCCACGUUGUCGAUCUUAGCUCACUUGGCAUGGUGUUGGGGAGGCUCGUCGGGGCUGGAAGCGCGUGUAUCGGGGUGUUUCCUCUAGCACUGGAUGGGCUGGAAGGGACCAGGUUGCUGUGAGAGCCAGCAUGCUUCCCAGAGGGUCCGAAGGUGUGUUUGUGGAUUGGCCUCUUUCUUUUCCUGUUGGAAGAACAGCUUUCCUCCCCUAAAACUGAAUCCUCAUGCUGCUUGCUGAUGGUAGAGUAGGACAGAGUCCUCCUGAUUCGUCAGGCUGUCCUGGUUGUGUGUUUGAAAUGGGAGCAACACUUUAGCCCAUGGGAGGGGGCAACAGCAACUGUUGUCAACAGCUCUCACUAAAUCUGUUAAUGGGAGGUGGUCAGGAACUGGCUAAAUUGGGGUCCCAGAGCAAGCAUGGCAAAAUCCGGUUGAGGGAUUCAAACUCAGGUUCCAUAAGUGAUGGAGUAUUGAGAGUCAUUGGGCCUUACCCACUGUAACAUAGUUGUGGCAGGAUGCAUUUCCCUUCCUCCCCCUAAACUCACUCUGGAAGAUUUCCUGCAAUUGGAUGUCCCUAGAGCCGGGAACACAUUGUAUGUGGGUCCUCCACACUGAGGAGCAAGGAGCAGGGGAAGUUUUGCUGGUAACAGCAGUUGCACUGCUACACUGGGAUUUAGAAGUGUCUCUGGAGUACUCUUGUAUAUGGAAGGGCUUGGGAGGAAGGAGAUAAGAGAGUUUGAUAGAAAGUUUCUGUGAAAGCUGAAGUCUACGUGGCUGCUCAGUUCCACUCCUCGUUUCCCAGUAACUAGAGCAUGAAGUGUGUAAGUGUUUCACAAGAUGCAGGCUCUCUGGCAUAGUGGUGAUGGAUGGGUUCCCUGGCAGCGAUAGGGAAGGAGUUUCUUUCAGGAAGGGAAAGCUGACAGAAAGACGGGCGCAAAUGCAUUGUCUUGUGGUGAGUGCUCGGCUGGCCUGGUAGAGGGGAUCCUGCUGCGCACAGAUGGGGCAACAAGACUGUUGCCUUCUGGCAAACCACCAAAUAACCUCCCCAGUUGCCAGCUCUGAUUCCUGGGCUGUCCUUGCACAGUUUUCUUUUCCUGCCUGUCCUUCAUUCCAGCUCAAUAUACUGUAGAUGAGGAUGCGAUCUCCCAGCAGUCUGUGCACCUUACACCUUCCUUUGGAAAUACAACGCAUCCCCUUUCAUCUGGGGCAGAAAAAUAAUUCCCCGUUCUCUUUCUGAAAUUCUGUUGCAUUCCUCUCCUGUCCCACCGGUUCAGGAAUGAGAGCGUCAUGCUGCUUGUGUCAUGAAAAGGAAAGAUAAUGUUAUUUUAUUGUAUGGUUGUUAUGAUUAUUGUUAUUAUUUUAUUGUUAUUAUAUUUUACUCUGGGUUUUAAUUGCACACGCAUUCCUUAAUCUUUGUGUUAUUUUUUUUCUCUUAGUAUUGUUGUUAAUUUUAUGUCCCUUCAUCAGUGGCAUCAGAAGGGUUGCUGUGUUUGUGAACGCAGCAGGAGGAAGGGGAAACAAGGUUGUCCUGAGAAUGAAAUUGCAGGGGGAGAGUGCGGCUCUGUGAGACAGCCUGGAGGGGCAGGAGGUGUCCUCCACUCCCCAUCUGCGUUUCAGAAGUCCAGAAACAUUCAUUCAGAGGCCAAAACCAAACAGCAGCUAACUUAACAAUCUGUCAGGGGAGCUGGAUUAAAGGCAGGUGGGGACCUUGGGCCUUAGGAUCUAGCUCACGAUCACUUUGUUUGAUAGGACUCUUACAUGAGAUCAAGACUUCAUGUGCUCCACGCCAUGAUCAGGUGGCCUUUACAAUUAACCCAAGGCCACGCUACGUGUUAAGAUUGGGUUUUCCCAAAGACAAAAGCAGAUAGUUCCCCAGAAGCAGGACUAGCAGAGGAACCACUGUGGAGGAGGGCAGGUGGCUCCCAGUCCCGUCACUGGAUGAACAACACUGGUACGCACAGGAGGUUUUUGCUGGGUAAAACAUGGCUGCAGAGAGCAGGCUCAUUGCCUCUCCUUCUCUCUGAACAUUAGUCAGGUGUUCACGGAUGCUUGGUUGGCAUUUUUUUUUCCCUGAUGUAGAUUUUUUCUUCUUUUAUGAUUAUUUGUUGUCAAAUUUUAUUAUUAAGCUAUUCUAGUCUCUAGAAUGUAGGUAUUUAUGUUUUCAGUUUGCUCUUUUAGAAUGGGGGGAAGCAGUGACUGAAUUCGAACUCCUUAAAAAAUGGUAGGACUUCAGCAGAGACUUAAUCAUGCACCUGAGUGCUUUGCUAAAGAAUAGACUUAAACCCUUCGAGUUAAUUACUUGUUUAUGCGCUUCUCUGGCUUAGGACUGUUGAAGCAUGGAAGGUUGUAAUCUGAGUCGCAAUCACAUUUUAGUUGUAUUAACGAUAUUUUCCCUGUGUACCCAUCUGGCCUGCUCUCCCACUUGGGCUUGAAUAUGAUUUCAGGGGUGAUGGACAGAGCAGUGUGGCACAUGCGGGCAGCGGACACAGCACUUGUUGGAGGAGGUGGCCUGUUGUAUUGCCCUUGCUGGAGUCACUGACCUGCCAGCUGUAGGGGUGGGAGAAUUGUGGUGAAGGGACACUGGUGGCAAGGGAUGAGCACCAUGACCAUCAAAUUGCCAUGGUGUUGCAACACUGAGAGUUGUGUUUUCUGGUGGAAUGCAGCAACACCUCCUCCCUCACACCCAUGCAAAGGUAUGGGGUGGAAAAGUGUGGCAGUGGUAGGCACAGGGGAAACCUGAUUGGAUUAGCAGAGGAAACAAAUGCUUUACAUGCUAUCAGUGCCACAUACAUAAUAACAGCCAGCUUGUUUUGCUUUUUUCCUCUGGGGAGGAAACAGGACUGGCGUGUUUGGGUUGGGUUGGUGCUCUUUGUGUGCGUGGAAUGAACUGCAUGGAAACUUGAGAGAGGGGGCGAACGUUUAGAUGCUGGAAGUGUUACGGAUGGCUAGUGGCUGGUACUAUGGAAAGGCGGUCCCUUUCCACAUCGUCUCAUCUUGCUUUCUCCUUGUGUGGGAAGCAGAAAGAAGCACAGACGUUGCCUCUCCUUGGAGGUGGAUGUUCAAAUUACUGCUGUGAAACAAGAAUGUGGAAGGGAGUGGAGAAAACAAUUGACCUGAGCAGAAUGGGAGACCCAAACAGAAACACUUCCCAGUGCAGAUGGGGUCUAAUCCAGUCAUUUGAGAGAGCAAGUGCAAUUGGAUCUUCCUCAGCAGAGCUGUGCUUGCUUGCACCAACAAAUCAGGCCUCGUCAGAUCUCUUUCUCUCUCUAGUGAUUUUGUCAUACCUGAAACAUUCCAAGAAAGAGACACUUCUAUUUGACAUUUUUCCUUUUUUACACUUCCAAGGGAUUAUGUAAUGCAAUUUGGUUUGAAGGAAAUUCCUUUUGCAAACUUGAAGGGCAAUAAACCCAGCUUUUUCGUUAACCAAAGAAAAUUUUUUUUAAAGAGAGAGAGAAAGAGACCCCCACCCAGUACAGAAACCAAACCAAGCCACAGCUGCCAGGCAGCAGCGAUGAGCUGUGGAAUUGCCUCUUUUGUCUUCUUCUACUUUUUCUCUCUCAAGUUUCUAUUGUUAUCUCGAGUAGCUAGCUUGAUAAACAGAGAAAUUCACACUAAAUAUUGCUGCUAUCCUAAACUUUAGGGGAUGUCAAAAACUUUAUUCGUCUCUCAUUAUCAUUCACCUUAGUUAAGAUGCGUCAGUGGCAACAGUGUGGCGUUGAAAUUGGGUGCUGCCUGGUGGGAAUAAGCUUCUGGUUGCUCUUCGUGCUUCUGUAGCAUUUCCUCUGGAUUUAGGACGCUGGUUUUGCUCCAUGGGCCGGAUCCCAAAGAGUGCUACAGUGUGAGGCCUCUGCAGGGCUGGGCACAGGUGCUGGAAAUUGUGGUAUGUUUUUCCAUAGCUUGGCAAUCAGCCCAUUGGAGAGGCCUGCUGGAUGUGGGAUGCCUGUACACAGGGUCUGUGUAACUGCUUUUAGCCCAGGGUGGGGAAAAUAUGGGACAGGAAGGCUUUCCCUUUCCUGCUCAUGUAGCCGUUCCUGUCCUAUGGAAACAUCUGUCCCCAGUGCCUGCCACCUGCCCUGUCACCCCCUUAUCCCCAAAUCUCUCUAGUGCUCUUGUGACGUGCCCCAAGCACGUGCUCUCCCUGCUUGCCACCUGUGACCUGCUACCACGUGUGCAAGUUGUUCUGCUUGUCCCAUGUGUGUGGAGGUGGAUCUGUGCCACCAGGCUCCCUACACCACAGCACUGAGGAGGAAGAGGAGAAGGAGGAGGAGGAGAAGUCAGCCCAGCAGCAGAGCAGGCCACGGCUGCAUGCCUGGGCUCCAGUCAUGGAGUGGUGCUCAGAGCCAGGGUGCCAGCCCUGUGGCAAAUGGAGGUGCUGGGGCUGCUGUGGGAGGUGCCAUGUUCUCCAGCUGGGCCUCGUGGUGCGCCAGGCCUGGGCAGGCCGCUGAGGCCAACCCAGGUGCUGUGCGGGCCAGAGCUGCCAGCCUGGGGCUCAGUGCUGGAGGUGGCUUCUCCCCAGAGUGGCUGGUGGCCCGUAGGAUUUGUGGGUGUGUGUGGCAGCGUGCAGGAUGAGGGCUGUGGGAGCCAUACUGGGCUCUGCCUGUGCCAAGCGUGGUUGGUGGAAGGAUGCGUGUCAGAGCGUUUACAGCGUCAGGAGCGAGAUCUGAAGCAUGAACUAGCUAGGUUCCUCAGAAGUCUUACGAAGCAUACUCGGAGGGUUGGCUUUCUGCAUUUCUAGUUUGAAACUCCUGUUUCUCAUUUACGGGUUAGCUUUGUCCUUCCAGUUUUAGCAGUGCUGCUAUAACAAACUGUUUGUGUGUGUUUGAGGAUAAAGUUUCUUUCUUGUUUCUAAUCUUUUGCUUAUCGUAGUUAAUCUAAGAAAGGCAAUACUAAAGGUAUAUUUUUUUUCCAAAAAUGAUAUUUUUUACUGCACUGAUAAAUAUUGUGACAUCUCUGUUCUUAACUCUUUCGCCGUGAGGGGAACCGUAUGCAGACUCACACAGACCUGUUAAUACUUGUGUGUACUUCUGACAGCCAGGGAUUCUUUUUUCUUUUAUUUUUAUUUUUUCCUUUCUUUAGAACAAGGUUUCUUCUUUGAAACAGAAAGCAAUGGGGCAACAAUGCUCAGAGCAAAGAAAAGCUUAUCCCACUUUUAGAACAUAGCCAAGGAGUUUUCACAGUGCUGGCGUAGAGUUAACGUUUAAUGCCGACGUAUUUGAUUUGAUUUGAUUUUUUUCCAGCAAAUUGUUUGGAAAGGAAUAAGGCAGAAAAGCUUUGGUCUGGAGUUCUGAUCAGAAAUGUUAUCCAUCUCUUUCAUGGCACCUCCCAGUUUUGUUUUUGUUGUUGUUUUUCCUUUCUUUUUUAAAACUGGCUCGCUGGAGGCUUGCUGCCCUGGGCUCUUGGUCAGCUGGCGGCUGCGGUGCUUGGGGACCACCGGCCCCUUUGGAAGCAAACCCGCCGGCCAGGGCUUUGGGUGCUGGCCCAGCAGAGCACGGGGUACCCUCGGGUUUUUUACGGAAGGAUUUAGAUACACUUAUAUUACGCAAACUGUGACCUAAUGGCAAUAAUUACCUCAAAUGUGGGCAUUCAUCCUGGUUUUAGCCUUUCUGAAAACAUGUAGCCAGCUUGAACUUUGAUUCAAAGACUCUAAACUCUGUAUGGGCGGAAUAGCGAUAAAUGCCCACCCUGGUCAUUGUUGCUUGAGUGGAUUCUGAUGACAGUGAAUCUUUAAAGAGAGAAAGUUAAACCAAGGAAUAGAUUACUCUUUUAUGUAUUUUAAUCAAUUGUGAUGUUAAAUGCACAUGUAAGUAUAUAUGUUUAUAGCUACUGUAAAAUGCUUUGGCCUUCUAGAAGAUAUUUAAUGAGUCACAUUUUAAACCGAUAUGAACUGAAUAAUAGACUGUGGCUACUUAAACAGUUUUCUGGCUACAUUUUAUAGUUAUUACGGUGUUUUAUAGUUUACAUUUAAACUGGUACUUUUUAAGGGAAAUCUUGUGUUUGUAAAUGACACCUUCAAAAACUCAAUACAGCUGCCUCUUUUUAAUUUUGCCCUUUAAAAAUGGAAAAGUACAAGUGUGUCUUUAAUAUGUAUAUUCUGUUUUGAGAUAUAACAUAGUGUUGGAAAGUCAGUCCAGAGAUCAAGUAAUCCACUGUAUUCCAAAGUCUGGUUGAGAAAACACUCCACCCACUCUGCAGAUUUAGCAUGUGUAGUCCAACAGAUAAGCUGUGUGCGUGCUCAUUUAGAUUACGUACUUUACUGAACUCCUUAGGUUGAAGCAGGGAGCACAGUACUCCCAAAGUCACUGUUCUUUGUAGGAUCCUCAUUUGGAUGAAGAUACCCAUGUAAGGAGAAUGAAGGAUAUUCAAAGGAAGGAUUGUGUUGUACUGUUGGUAAAUCAGCCAAAUAAUUAAUUCCUGAGUUAGUGAUUUCCUGUUUUGCUUUGGUUUUGUGUGUGUGUGUGUGUGUGUGUGUGUUUGGUGUGUGACAGCCACUCAGAGGCAGUGCUGUAAUUUGGCUUUUGUCUGUUCACCCCGUUAUUACAAGCAGUGCUUACCCCCACAGAGACGUUUUGAACCAGUAAACAAAAUACAAAGUUCACUGACCAUCCCCUUGUCAGCUUUGUUUUCUUAGCCAGCGUCAGUUCUCAUCAGCACUGUCUCACUUAGCUGUCUGGCUUGGUCUUUUGUGUUCUGCCACUUGAGUAACCAAUGAACACGGUCUAAAUGUCUGCUGGGCAAAAUGGUACCACUAAGGUCCUGCGUGCCCUCUUCCUCAACCACCGCGUACGGCUGCCCUCGGCACCUGCCUGGCCUCUUCUUCUUGGGGUCAGACCCGCAAGCACCAGCACACUCAAGUGGAGGAGGCAGAGUCCUGUUGAAUACUUUCGCUUGCAUCUUGUCAGGCAAGAAGGGGUUUCCGCCACUGGCAACGCACAUCCCGUAGAAUCCACUGGUUACAUACGGCGCUGCUGCCCUCAGAAAGGAAGUAACAGGCUUCUGCAGUGCUUCCACAUCGCGUGGUUACAUACAACACUUCUGGAUCUUUUUCCCCCCUUUUAUUCCUUCUGCGUUUGAUUUUGUAUUUUAUUUAAUUUCAGCUGUGUUCUGUAUUCUUCUCAAAAUGAGACUUCCAUGGAUAUCCCAGGGCACAACCAUUUCAGGUGUAAAAAACGAUCCCAUCGCAUGUUUCACCAACAGAAAAACCAAGGCUUUUUGGGUACCGACUCUACUUGGGCAGAACCAGAACGUAGCCUGUGUCUUUUAUACCAAAUCCAAUUUCUGAAAGGAGCGGAAGUGUAACUAAUAGCUUUAUUAAAGGAGCGAGAGAGAGAGUGUGAGAGAGGGAGCGAGGCGGAGACAAGAGAGAGGGGUAUCUGGGAAGUGGUCGAGGCUAGACUCCGGGGAGUUAAGAGCCAACCAAUGGGUGUAACUUUUCUUUUUCCAAAUGGUAAAAUCCUUCUAAAAGCAGGAGUGGGGGAGCGAAGGGAGCGUUUUGUAUCUUUUGACUGCUCGCAGGGCCAGUGCACUCUGGAUGGAAUGUGAAAGUUAACGAACACUGCACCAAAAUUAAUAAGGGGGAGAGAGGGGAGGAAAAGCUGUGAAAUACGGUCACUGCUGCAAGGGGAGGGAUGCCCCUGCCCGGCUCUGCAUCUCGAAUGGUUCUUUCUCUACAGCAUCAUCUCAGCCCAGAUACCCCACAAAAGCCCUGAGCCGUUGUGUUCCUUCACUGUACGGUUUCUGUAAUAAGAGUGUUAAUCCAUGUUAAUCUUUGUGAAAAUUAUCGUGUGCGACAGUAUUUUCCUGUGUACUGCUUCUUUUCCUAUGUGAAUCGUCCCUUUAUUUUUUCUUUGUUUUUCUUUUUCCUUUUUUUUUUUCCUUUUUUUUCUUUCUUUUUUUUUUUCUCCUUUUGGUAAAUGCGUCUUCUUUUAAAGAAAAAAAAAAUCAACAAAAAAAAAAAAAACUGAUGUGUUGUAGACCUCUAUGUAACCUAUUCCUUAGUCUCAUAUUAUAGGUAUGUUAUAAGAAUGGAUAUUUUACUUGGCUUUAGAAUGUUUUACAAGAAAACUAAUUCUUAACCAAUCAAGUUCUUGCUACUAAAAAAAAAAAAAAAGAAAAUGCUUGUGUUUUUCAUCAUGACGUUGUGUGCUUCUAAUUAAUAAUCAUUUUCGUUGUAGAAAAAUGGAGUGAAUUUAUAUUAGUCUUGGAAACUAAUAAUAGCAUUGUAAAUUUAUGAGAUGAUUUUAACAGAAAAUACAUUAUAGAAGAAUAUAGUUAUUUUAAUUGUAAUAUUACUAACUGUAGGGUGAGAAAGGAGGUCCCGUUGUGGUGAACUAUGUUAUAGCUUGUUAUUCACGGUUUCUUUUUGAUCAUUUUUUCGGUCUCUGAGGUGAAACGAGUUAUUAAUCAGAAUUUGUAAACUCACAUAUGCAUAUUGUAUAUGUGUAGAAAUGUAAUCACACUUUGUCUUGGAAUUACAUUAAACUGUUUUAAGUCACUGCAAA